AUGUUCUUAAAAUCCUAUCUGGUCUUUGCGGUCACGCUCUCCACAUCCGCCAACAUCUUCACCAACGCACUCUCAGUGCGCCAACUUGGCCCCAUCGGACGACUCUGCGGCAACGAACUGGACGAAGCCACCAAAGCCAUCCUCGAGGCAGACUUCCAACUCAACCAGGUCCCUCCACCAGCCGGGAUAUCCACAACGUCCACCGCCGCCAACCUCGCAAGCCCAGUCAACGUCUUCUUCCACGUCGUCUCCAAGGACGAGACGCCCGAAGGGGGCAACGUACCCGACUCGGCGAUUGACGAGCAGAUGGACGUCCUGAAUACGGCGUUUGGGGAGACUGGACUGCAGUUCCGCCUGGCGGAGGUGACGAGGAGUGUGAAUGAAUCGUGGUUUGGGAAUGCUGAUAAGAGGGGUCCGAGGAAUUUUGAGAUGAAGGCUGCGUUGAGGAGGGGAGGAAGGGCGGAUUUAAAUGUUUGGACUACUGGGUUGGCGUGGCAGGGACCAGGGAGCUCGUCGUUGCUGGGAUAUGCUACCUUCCCGGUGAAUGUUACGGUUGAACCCGAGAAUGACGGUGUGGUCGUUCUCUACAGCACCCUUCCGAAGGGAGACAACCCGCCAUUCAACCUUGGUCAUACGCUGACGCACGAAGUCGGCCAUUGGGUCGGACUGUACCAUACCUUCGAAGGGUUCAGCUGCCGAGGCACGGGAGACGAAGUCGACGAUACACCUCCCCAGCGCAACCCGACUACGGGAUGCCCCGCCGACGAUCCUACUCGUCCUCCCAAGAACAGCUGCCCGGCUCCGUCGCCCGAUGAGGAAGACCUUCCUGAUCCUAUUCAUAAUUACAUGGAUUACUCGGACGAUCGAUGCAUGAACGAGUUCACGCCCGGUCAGAUUGAGCGUAUGCAUGCUCAUCUAGCUACGUAUCGAGGGAUUGAGCUGAGGACUGGUGGUGCACCUGUCGCUACCAUUGUGAAGCGAGUCCCGGCACUUUAG